UUCUCAAAAUUAAGUUGGUAAUUAAAUAGUUUUGUUUGUCAUUUUUGAACAAAAGUCACAUUACAAUGGCAUUCAAUUCUAUCUUGAUCUUCUUCUUUGGUGUUUCCUUCUUGUUCAUAGGUGCCCUUGCCUCAGGGCAUCCCGCAGUGUGCUCGUCGGGUAAGAGGCAAUCUCCAGUAGAUAUCAACACAUAUUUUGCUAUACUCAACAAAACCUUAGAACCGCUUGAAAGAGAAUACCAUUUUCAUGUUGCUCACAACACUACAUUUGUUACUGAUGGCAAACAUUUGGAGAUAUCUUUAGGUGGGAGUGGAGGAUUGAAAAUAUAUGGAAAGACGUACAAUUUGACGCAACUUUUGUUUCAUACUCCAUCUGAGCAUCGUUUUAACAGUGUCCCAUAUGCUGCAGAGCUACAGCAGAUACAUGAAGCCGCCGAUGGCAGCCGAGCAGUGGUGGCGAUUCUAUUCAAGUAUGGACCACCUAGUCCUUUCAUUUACAUGUUAAAGCCCCAAUUGCAAGAACUAGCUAAGAAGCCUUGUACAGAACAAAGGAUUGACAUCCCAAAGUUUGAUUUGAGCUUCUUGAGGAAAUGGCCGCGCGAUUAUUAUCGAUAUCUUGGCUCUCACACUUCCCCUCCUUGUGAUGAAAAUGUCAUUUGGAAUGUGCUUUGCGAGGCUAAAACAAUUUCAAUGGAACAAGUGGAUGAACUAAGUGCUCCUCUUUGUGAAGAAAACAAGAACAAUGCACGGCCCGUGCAACCAUUAAACGGAAGAAAGGUCGAAACAUAUGAUGAGGUUUAGUUAUUUUAAGCAUUUGUUAAAUGGGGCUUGUCUAGCUAGCAAGACAAAUUUUUAAAGAUCUAGUACGCACGACUCUUUUUUUCUUCCUCUUUUUAAUUUUUAUUAUUAUUUUUUUUAAAAUUGUAUUGAAAAAUUAUGAGAAACAACAUUUUAUUUAUGUUUUGUGAGAAACUACUUUUAAUACAUUUUUCUUUUUUACGUAGUAAUAUCAAUACAUGCCGGAAUUUGU